AUGACUUCCUUCAUAACUACCGUUAACCAGCGCACGCGCAAUCAAUUUCGCCCGCGACCAGGCCGGGGUGGCAGCACCAGCUACCAGCUCCGCCAAUAUGCCGAAGCUACACUGGGCGGCGGAAGUUUGCGCAAGGUGGUGAAGCUGCCCGAAGGCGAAGAUGAGAACGAGUGGUUGGCCGUGAACAUGGUGGAUUUCUACAACCAGAUCAACCUCCUGUACGGCGCCAUCACCGAGUUCUGCUCGCCCCAGUCGUGCCCGGAGAUGAAGGCCACUGACGAAUUCGAGUACCUCUGGCAAGACAACGACACCUACAAGCGCCCGACCAAGAUGGCAGCGCCGGCCUACAUCGAACAAUUGAUGAGCUGGGUCCAAAGUAACAUCGAUAAUGAAGCCGUGCUUCCCUCUCGAAUCGGCGUGCCCUUCCCUAAAACGUUCCCCAGCCUUGUCCGCCAGAUCUUCAAGCGCAUGUACCGCGUCUACGCCCACAUCUACUGCCACCACUACCCGCCCAUCCGCGAGCUCGGGCUCGAGCCCCAUCUCAACACCUCCUUCAAGCAGUAUGUGCUCUUCAUCGACGAGCAUAACUUGGCCAGUGGCAAGGACUUCUGGGGUCCGCUGGGCGAUUUGGUCGAGAGCAUGCUGAGAAGCGAUUAG